ACCCUAUCUUGUCUCUUCCCAUUACCAUAGCCUUUGUCGUUCAUCAGAUUUCGUGAAACUGAAGAUGUCUGCUACAUUUGAUAAAAGACCUCUACAGAGUAACACUCAAGCAAAAGGAAAUUUUUUUCACAAGAUUAAGGAUGCUUUCAAGCUUAUCAAGCCUGAGAACAACAAGGAAUCUCUCAACACUAAACCCUCCCCUUUGGCAGUUUCUUCCAAGUUGGCGGCGGAGCCAAGGCCAAGGAAACGUGCGCUGCUCAUCGCCGUUACUUACAAAGGCACCAAAUAUGAGCUCAAGGGUACUAUCAAUGAUGUAACGUUGAUGAAAGCUUGGUUGAUUGAUACCUUUGGAUUUAAGCCAGAGAACCUUCUCAUUCUCACAGUUGUUUUCAAAGAAUAUGAGGCGGAUAAAGAAUUGAAACCAACAAAAGAGAAUAUUCAAAACGGCAUGAAAUGGCUCAUGGACGACUGCCACGCCGGCGACUCGUUGGUGUUCUUCUUCUCCGGACAUGGGUUACGACAGCCGGAUUUCGAGGGCGAUGAGCGAGAUGGGUUCGAUGAAACUAUUUGCCCGGUUGAUUAUAUAGAGAAAGGAAUGAUAUUUGAUAAUGAAAUUUACAACACCAUUGUUCGGCCACUUCCUAAAGGGGUCACACUCCAUGGAAUCGUUGAUGCUUGUCAUAGUGGAACUGUUCUUGAUCUAUCUUAUGUCUACAACAGAGAUACGAACACAUGGAUUGACAACAGCCCACCCUCUGGUGCUAAAAAAGACACAAGUGGUGGAUUAGCUAUUACAAUCACUGCUUGUCGAGAUGAUCAAAUGGCUGCUGAUACUGAUGCUUUCAGUAAGGCUGACAUGAAAAUGAGUGGAGCACUGACCCAUACUCUCACAAGCCAUGUGAACAAAGGCCAAGAAAUAACAUAUAGAGAACUACUUGACAGAAUCUAUAGGUCCAUUGAAGAAGCUGAUCAACAAGGCUGCUUUGCUACUAGAUUCUUCAGAACUCUUUUCCAUGACAGGUUAUUACAGAAGCCUCAACUUUCUGCUUCCAAGCCCUUCGAUGUUUAUCAGAAGAAAUUCGUUUUGUAAUAAUACAAGCCAGAAGAUCUGCUCUUGGAGAAUUGACAAUAUGAAAUAAAAUGAGGUAGUCUCUGUAAAUGUAUUGGAGAUCUGUUUUGUGCUCCAUAUAUUUUGCGACAGUCAUACAUACCAGUAAUAUAGCUGAAGAAAAAUAAUAAAAAAAAUAAGAAAAUUAGAUUAAAUAAGAAAAUUUCUUACAUGCA